CCAUUUUGUUUUCAGCAUCGUAUUGGAGCACCCUGCUUUAAAUCAGGCGGCCAGAAGGGGGGCGGCGGCGCUCCAGAUGAGCUAAAUCAGCGGUUAACUUUUUAGUCGUUUAACUAUUUGGCCGCCGAUAGACACAAUAGAAAUAAGUGAGGUAGUGGCGGCGUACGAUGGAAGAAGAAAAAGUUGUAUACUCCAGGUCGCAGCUCCUGCUGUUUGCCGGCACUAAGCCGCUGGAGGACGCGCUGGAGAUGUUCGUGCCGGAAUCCAAGCAAUUCAUGAGCUCGGACACUGAGCUGUGGAACUUCCUCUGCAGCCUCAAGCGGGACUUCUCGCCGGUCAUCCUGCGCAGCAAGGACGUGUAUGGCUACUCCUCCUGUCGCUCUGUGGUCCCAGAUCCCAGCUAUUUCUCCAGUAGAAAUGUAAAAGAGAAGCCGCAAGCAGCGGUAGUGCCUCCGCCGAGAAAGCCGCCUGUCAAGAGAAAGCGGAGAGGCAUGCGGCUUACUUGUAAGAAGCGCCGGCGGCGGGACAGGGCUGACAGCGCAGGGGGCAGCGAGGAGACGGGCAGUGGCAGUAGCGGCUGUAGCAGCCCGACCCCAUCGGACGUCCCGGGGCUCCCUCACCUGGACAGAUCCAUUGAGGAGAUUUGGAAGGCGGCCACUCCUAAAAUUGCCAUGUUCCCCAGCAUACGGGUCAGGGAUGUGUCGUGUAAAGCUAAAGUGGCCGAUGCGUGCAGGCGUGCCCAGGAGAUAUUACAGGUUAACCUGCAGCCUGUGGUGCGGAUCAAACGCUUCCCCAUCCUUUACUCCUCUUGAAAAGGCGACCGAGCUUUUGCUCCUUGUGCACUUUUACUGCUGGGCUGCUCGCCCUGGAGACUUGGGGGCACUCAGUCUAAUGAAGGGGCUCGCCCCAGCGUCAAGUCAGCCUGUUUACAUGUCCCCUUGAUUCUUUAUUCCCACUGCACUUUACUACAAAGAUUACUACUUUCAUCUUAAGGAAUAGUAAGAGUUAUGGAUCUGUAUGCUCACUUGUGCUCUAAAGGAAAUGCUGUCCUGUCCCAAGGAGAAGAUGGCUCUAGUUUUUUCCCAGUUGUUGGCUUGGUGCAGCCUCAAACUGCCUCACUGGGGGAGAAGGGUGGAGAGUGACCCUCAAAGAAGCAGUUUUGCUGCACUAAAGGGGCUUAUGCAAUUAAUAUCCAAUCUGCAACCCUCCAGUCACUGAAUUAUGCUGUAUCCAUAGGGCAUUUGGCUAUUCUAGGAGCUGAAGCUCAUGGCCUGGUGGAGUUCUUUAAGUUAGAUAUUCUCCUCCCUAGCAUAGAUGGCUAGUGGAUUAGGGUUGCCUCUGUCCUGGCACCAUUUUUGAUGGAAGGGAUCCCUGUAAGAGACACUUGGAAUUAUAUUGCCUAAAUGCUCCUCAGUUUGGUAUGACCUAACUUGGAGUAGGUACUACAGAAUCUUUGUAAUGACGUUAUUCCUCUACUAGUCUAAGAUCUGACUGCUGUAAUGAUGUGAAUCAUGACAUUUUAAAGAUCAGCCUGAAAUCUCUAGAACAUGCUUAUUUAUGAAUCUGUAUAGAAAUAACAAUGCAAUAUCAGACUUCCCUUUUGACUGAGUCUGAAUCGGAGGUGUGUAGUUAACCUUCACUUUACCAGUUAAGCCUGUAACUGAAUGGGCUUUUGACAUGGUACAGUUUUAUUUUGUCUCUCCCCUUUGCCUGGAGGCUCUGAUCUACCAUGUUUCAGUGCCAGUUAUCAAACUGUAUGUUUAUGCAAAGACUUCUAGUGGGGAGGAUGUCCCAAUGAUAUUGUGGCUAUUGUCAUAUAGGCAACAACUACCUCAACCGUUUUUUUAACUCCGCAGAAGUCCCAAUCCAAAGACUAGUUACUUUUCUGUUUUGUACUCUUUAUCAUUACACUUUAAUUUGUGCUAGUUGCCAAGUGUUAUGAUCUUAAAGAACUGUGACAAACUAAAUGCAAGCUUAUGCAAAUUAUUAUUUUUUUUCUUUUAACUUGAAAUUGCAAGGGCAAAGCAAGUCCAACAUAACUGUUUAUUAUUCUUUAUGAUUUGGUAAGCACUAUUUUUUUUCCUGUAAAUACAUGUGGCACAGUGUUUGUAUCAAGCCUUACUGAACAACCUAUUAGAAUUUUAGCAUUUUGCUCAUGUGCUAUAAACAGGACUGAGUCAUUUCUUCAGUGGAACUGGGUAUAGUCUUUAUAUUUAGCUGGCUUAUUUGAGGAUAUGCAGAUAUCUUGUUGUCAGUGCACAGUUUUGUGAAACUUUGUAAAUAUUGUACUCCAGGAAGGAUAUUUAUUAACAGUAAAGACCUAAAAUGUGACCAGUGCUCUUCUGAAUGAAUGAGGUACUGCUGAAGGAUUCUGUAGCAUUAUGAAAUAGGCCUCUGCUGUCUAAUGCACGUGCCUUUACAAUUUCACAUGUAAUCUUUCAGUGUUGGCACAAAACUGUUAAUGUAAUUGACUGACUACAUGGACUAAAUACUGGUGCUAGGUCAACUUUUCAUACUAGUCUGUUUUGAACUUAUAUUGCAGCCUAAGGGUUAAUAGUAUAUUUUUACACUUUGUAAAAAUCUGACCAAUUACCACAUUUUGUGUACUUUUUUUUUUUUUUUUUUUUUUUAAAUUUACAAUUUUAUUUCUAAAAUAACUAUGGUUUCCUUCCGACAGUGCCUAAGGUAGAUGAUGGUUCUCUCAGUACAGAAAUAACUCGCAUACUACAAAACUGUAUAUAAGAGAAUCCGUUCUCAGAAACAUUUCUCAUACAAAGCGUAGACUUAUUAUCACUGUAACAGUAAAUCCAUUGGUGGUAUAGAAAUAACUAAGCCGCAUACCAGGAAUCACUUUGAAAAUUGUGUAUUUUGUAAUUCUGUGAUUAUACUUGGAGGUGUGCAUUGCCAUAAAGCUGUUAUAUUAUUGCUAGAAUAAUGGCCAGUUAAUGUGUUGCCAGAGCAAAAUGGUUUGUUGAUCCUUUAGUAACUUAUUGAAUCUAAAUAAACUUCCUUCCAAAUGAUAA